AUGGAACGACAAUAUGGGUCUUCUUCGCAUCCUCCUCAGUUCAAUGGUGAAAACUAUGGAGAAUGGAAAGCCAGGAUUCAGGCCUAUAUCUGGGCACAAGGAGAUGAUGUUUGGGAUCUAGUUUUGGAAGGAUAUGCUGCACCUACCAAGACUGAGAGAACUAUUGAGAAACGGAAGAUUGAGACAAAAGAUGGUGUAGAAGAGAAAGAUGUUGUGGUUAGUGAAUUUCAAAUUCCCAAGCCUAAGAUAGAAUGGAUUGCUGAAGAAAAGGCUAUGAGUGUUUAUAAUCAGAAGGGCAUACAUGCCAUAUUUGUUGCUAUAUCUUCCGAACAGUUUGCACAUAUCAGAAAUUGCAAGACAUCAAAGGAAGCAUGGGAUAACCUUAUAAUUGUUCAAGGGGAAUAA